AUGGAAGCCUCUCUUCCUUACCUGAGUGAAGAUGUGUUGGUUCAAAUCCUGGCGAGACUGCCCGCAAAGCCUCUGCUCCGUCUUCGGACCGUAUGCAAAUCGUGGAAGACCAUCGUCGGCAGCCCCGAAUUCCGGUCCUUGCACCUCUCCACAAACAGCCACUCCUCCAAGGUCUUGCUUACCACAAAGUACCCUCAAGUCCUCGACUAUCCGGACACGAUUGCCGAAUGUGGGCCAAGCCUGCUGCCUUUGGCCUCAUGCGGGCCGUUUGUGCAGGGCAAUGCGGCUCAUCCGGCUCAAUCGUGCUGCCAUGGCCUGGACCAGAUCCAUAGCCAGAGGCCCGGUUGCCUUUGCCUUUUGCUCCAUGACUCGGAUUUGUUGUUUGCAUUUCCAAUCAACACUACACUCGCUCUUCAGUUACCUGCUAUUUGCCAUCUCGGUUUCGACGUGUCCACAUGUAGAGGAGCAAUUUCCUCACCUUCCCUUGCUCCUCCUGCUCGAGACUCUUCUGGGCCGAAGCCUAAUUCGAGUGUCGUCUUCUUCUCCAAUAUGGACAAUGACUCAAAGGCCGAAUUUCAAAGGCAUCGGCUUACAUCAAAGUGCAGAAGUAAGGCUGAAAGCAAAACAUCACGUGUCGAUGCUGAUGCUGAUGCUGAUGGUAGCUGCCACUUGUAUAAUAAUGCCAGCUCAUCAUGCUCCAAUAUAGAAAAAAUGACGAAUCUUGGAUUAGAUGGUUCGUUCGGUUCACGCCCCACUGGAAAAGUCCCUGCUUUACUCAAUAACAAUGUCACUACUAGAGUUAAAAGUUACAACAGUAUACCUGUUUAG